GCGGCUGCUGCAACGGGGCGGCGGUGGCAGCAGCAGCAGCGGGAGCAGUCUAGAGGCCGGCGUCGAGGACUGCUGCUGUCUCUGCUGCUCCAGCCUCCCCAUCGAGGUCCUCUCCCCUCUCCCCUCCCAAGAUGGCAGCCAGCAGCUCUGAGGGCUCAGAGAUGAAGGGGAUAGAAGAGGGUCCCCAAACCCAAGGAGAAGGGCCUGGCCAUUCUGAAGCCGAAACUGGCCCUCUCCAGGUCCCAGCUGGGGUCCCAGAUAAGCCAGAGGCCCCGCAGCCGGGCCCAGACAUCACUGGGGCCCCUGUGGACUCAGAAGUCAAAGCUGGGCUGGCUCCAGAAACCACAGAGACCCCAACUGGGUCCCCAGAAACAGCCCAGGCCAAGGACCUCAGCUCAAGCCCAGGAGGGGAACCAAAUGCCAACCCCAGCCCCGAAGAAGCAUGCCAAGAGCCAGCACCCAAACCAGAAGGGAAUAAAGAGGUCACUGAAGACCAGGGGUCCGAUCUGGGGUCUGCAGCCCCACUUGAGCCAGCCUCAGAGCCUGCUCCCCAGUUGGACCCCCAGUCAGACCCUCAGCCAGACUGCCAGCCAGGUUCCCAGCCCACCCCCAAAUCAGCUCUUCACCCAGAGCCCCCUACCCAGGAGGACCCCACCCCUGAGGUCCUGACUGAGAAUGUGGGGGAAAAGCAAGAGAAUGGGGCAGUGGUUCCCCUGCAGCCUGGUGGCGGGGAAGAAGGCCCAGCCCCACAGCCUCACUCGCCACCCGCAACAAAAACCCACCCAGCCAAUGGGGCUCCUCCCCGCGUGCUGCAGCAGCUGGUCGAGGAGGACCGACUAGGAAGGGCUCACAGUGGGCAUCCAGGAUCUCCCCGAGGUAGCCUGAGCCGCCACCCCAGCUCCCAGCUGGCAGGGUCUGGGGUGGAGGGGGGUGAAGGCACCCAGAAGCCUCGGGACUACAUCAUCCUCGCCAUCCUGUCCUGCUUCUGCCCCAUGUGGCCUGUCAACAUCGUGGCCUUCGCUUACGCUGUCAUGUCCCGGAACAGCCUGCAGCAGGGGGACGUGGAUGGGGCCCAGCGUCUGGGCCGCGUGGCCAAGCUCUUAAGCAUCGUGGCGCUGGUAGGGGGGGUCCUCAUCAUCAUCGCCUCCUGCGUCAUCAACUUAGGCGUGUAUAAGUGAGGGGCUCUGCCCCGCAUUCCAAGACUUUUCUUCCUGUUGGGA